AUGGAUUUUCUACCUCACACUUUCGCGAUCUCCACAGCGGGUGGAUUAUGGAGACCCCUGAGAUGGUCAUCGGGGCUGAAGAAACAUGUAUACGAUUGUUACACCUUUCUUAUCCUCGUUAUUGUGUAUUUAUUUGGUUUGAUGGAAUUUGUCGAUGCAAUGUGCAACUUCGGAAACAUUGAAGAGAUGGUUAGCGCGUCUUUCAUGCUUCUCACGACAGGUAAUGCAUUUUGUAAGGCUCUUAACAUGGUGAACCGACGGAAAGAUAUCAUUAAUAUUUUUGCAAUAUUGAAUGACGACGUUUGUCGAAGUAAGAAUCAAGAAGAGGACGAGAUUCAAACCAAGAUUAAUAUUCGCAUCAGGAACGAUGCUACGUCGUAUUUUUGCAUUGUCCAGUGUGCAGUUGUUAUGAUAACAAUAUCGUCAGUAAUACAGAAUGUACCCGAUCGUACAUUACCAUUCAAAGCUUGGAUACCAUUGAACUACAGUUCAGAUAACGUCUAUUGGUGUUUCUAUUAUUAUCAAGUGAUAGCACACGCCGAAGUGGCAAUAAUUUCCAUAGCCUACGAUACAAUGGUGCAUGGAAUUAUGCUGCUCACUGGUGCACAGUUGAAAAUCUUCAAGUUCAGGCGUGAAAAUAUGCCCGCAAAUCUCGAAGAGGAGCAGAAAAAAUCAAAUUUGUCUAAAGUAGAUCUGGAGAGGAAAAUUCUGAAGCAAUCCGUGUGGCAUCACGAGACUAUUCUCCAAUUCGCAAUGUCAUCCAAUGAAAUCUUCUCAACAGUGAUAUUCAUACAGUAUGCAGUGAGCAGUUUCGUAAUCUGCAUUAGUGUGUACAGAUUGGCGGGAAUGGCAUUGAAUAAUCCAGAAUUGCCAUUUGCUCUUAUUUACCUUUUAUGCAUGGUAAAUCAAAUUUUCUGCUUCUGUUGGUAUGGAAAUGAGGUCAUUCUCGAGAGUUUAGGGAUUGGUGAAGCUAUUUACAAGAUGGAUUGGCCUUCACUUCACUUGAGAACGCAGAAAGACCUUCUGAUGAUCUUUAAUUGUACGAUACACCCCAUCGUUUUCACCAGUGGCAAGAUUUUGGUGCUCUCGCUGGAGUCUUUUACAGCGAUCAUGAAGCUGUCGUAUACUGCAUUCAAUGUUCUUCAGCAAAGGUGAUUUGUUUCAAC